GGGAGGUGGGUGAGUGGGGCGACUGCUCUGUAUCUUGCGGGGUUGGCAUGAGGUUCCGUCAGGCAUACUGCGUCCGGGAGAACACGGCGGGGCUAAUCGAGAUCCUCCCCCAUGUGACCUGCGCGGAUAGGUUGGAACCUUUGCUGGAGGAACACUGUGAAGCACCGGCUUGUCUUGAAGAUGGUAGAGUCACUUGCAAUAAGACCAUCUUUGCAUCAGAGGGUUCGUUCACAUCUCCUAAUCAUCCCGGGAACUACCCGACCGAUAUUGACUGCAUCACCAGAAUUAAAGUUAAUCCGGGUUACUGGAUUGAUCUGACCUUUCAAAGCUUCGAGUUAGAACCAGCUCCUGGCUGCAUAUACGACUAUGUAGAGGUAUUUCAGGAUCGCGAAGACGGAACAAGGACAUCAAUUGCAAGACUUUGUGGAACUCGAAAAUUUCGUUCCUCAGUAGUAGUUAAAGGUAACUCUGCUAGUGUCUUGUUCCAUAGUGACGUCAUUGUUACCAGACGGGGUUUUGUUGCCAAUUUUAGUGAACUUGAUCCCUAAAAGAACUAAGUAGGACAAAUUAUGAAGGCGUCAUCAA